AUGACACAGCUUGAACCUCUUGCAGAUGCCCUAGCGGCUACCUCGCUCAGAGGCGACAACGCUCCAGAUGCUUCCAGCGAGCCAACAACAGCCAACCUUGCAAAGGCGUCCUUUGCAUCUGCAUUGCGAGCCGGCCAGAAUGCCACACCCUCCGUGGUUCCAAAAGUCGUGAUACCUUCAACCGCAUCACCACCGCCCACCCCAUUGCCCGAGCCUUCCACAUCAGCUGCACCGCUGGUCCAGGUGGACGAUACUAUCUUGCAGGCCAUGCGCAAGCGAGACGAUCGCAUUUUCUUUAGCCAGUACGAGAACCAAAUGUCUGCUUUCGUUCGCGAACAAACACGCACCAGCCUCGAACUCGGCUCCAUGAACGCUUACCAGCGUCUUCUCAUCCAUCGAUGUGCCGAUCAAUUCCAGCUCGAGCACCACCUUGACCGGGCAACACAUUGCAUCACACUCUCGAAGACGCCGGCCACUUUGCACCCCUCUGCACUUCUCUCCAUUCGCGCAAGGGAGCAAAUAGUUCAGCGAGACGGUAUUGACCCUGUCAACGUGCAUCCCGCCAUCGCUUCCUUAGCCAGUACAGACUCGGCCCAGUCCGGCGCUAGCUCACCAAGUCCCUCCGCUUCAGCCUCUUCACCAUCCUCUCCAGCUAUGACGCCGGCUUCGUUUGCAUCAUCAGCUGCCGGUACACCCAAGGGAGCCUUCAAGAUAAUGCGCAGAGAUCCUUCGAAUAGUCGCCCCUCACGAUUCCGAUCGGCAGACAACGACAUGAGCGACUCGGAAAAGGCAGCUGCAAAGGCUCGCAAGGACAUGACGUUGGAGGAGAGGGAAGCGUCCUACAAAGCUGCACGUGCUCGUAUCUUUGGUGAUCUUGCUGCUACCAGCGGAUCAACCUCACCAACCGACUCUUCGACUCAGCUUGAUCAGACCAAGGAGCCUGACUCGGUCAAGGAUGUAGCAAAGGCAUCACCAUCAAGUUCUGCGGCUUCUAGCCCCGUCGCAUCUAUAGCAGGAGGUGGACGCUCAGGCAAAAACAAGAAGGUACCAUCGUCUGGCUCCUCGGUAGCGAGUCAGGAUGGAUCGACACAACGCACGCGAGCAAGUGGGAGCCGCAAAGGAGGAGCCAGUCAGGCUGGUGACGGUCUCAAUGAUGACCUCGAGUUCUCUCGUGCACUGCCGGUAGCGAAUGCAUUCGGUGGAGUGCAACAGUCCAGCCCGCUCGCUCUGCCAGGACAUAUGAUGCAAGGUUACUUCCCGGCAUCGCAAUUGCAGCAAUCGCAUUCCAAUCCGAAUCUGCGGUCGAGAGCACCAGUUUUCCACCCUCAAGGCAGCACCACAACAUCUUAUGCUCAGGGUGGGGCACUCAGGUAUCCCGACAUGGGCGUUCAGCCAGCACAAGCGGAGAUGGAUGCCUUCCCAGCGCUGUCCAGCACAACAGCAGGCCCAAAUAUGAAUGGUGUUCAUGGCAACCAACAGCAGCGAAACACAAGCGGCGGUGCAUGGAACCGAUCGCAAACAGGCCAAGAGCACCUCAUGAAAGGCGUAAACCUUUGGGCACAACAGACGUCCAACUACGUACAGGGAGGGCGACUUGCACAACAAUCCCAACCACCACCAUUCUACCCGCAGCAGCCGUAUCAAAUGCCCCGUUCAUCUCUCACACCGCAUUAUACCACCCCGCAACAACCCUACGCAGGCCCAAGAAGCGCAAACAGCAGUAGGGCCAGUUCGCAACGCAACACGCAUCAAGGCAGAGGGCAGACCAGAGAUGACGCAGUAAGCGUAAGCUCUAUUUCUUCAGCUGCUUCCAGCAGGUCUGCUAGUUUCAGUGGGAGUGUGGCAGGUUCCUCUACCAAUCAAGGGCUGACGCAUGGGAACGGGAGCGGUGGUGGCAAGGUAGGGUCACCAGCACCAGCAUUAUCACAUCCGAGCUUGCCUGCUAGACCAACUUGGCUUGCUCCUCGAUAA